AUGAGAUACCUUUGGACUUUGGCUGUCGGCUGUUGUGAACCUUUUCCGUGUGUCGUACCCCAGGCUUUGAAGGCGGCAGCAGCGGAAGUCAAACCGACUCUGCCGUCUCCGGCUUCCUGGCGCUCUUCGCAAACAGGGUCCCAGGUUGAAAGUGCUGUGUCCUCACUGAAAGAGACGCAGGCCGGGGAUGUCAGUGUUUCUUUCCCCGGGCCCGUGGAUGCCAACAACUCAGUGGAGCUACAGGCCAAACAGCCAGUGGCUAGAGUUGCCACGCCGCGACUGAGAACUGGGAAAGGCUGCGGGCACGCUGCGCCACCGGCAGCGCCACCCGCCGCAGCGCGCCACACCGAGCCACAGUCCGGGCACCCAGCAGAACCUGCUGCGAGCCUCGCCGAGCCAGAGUCCGGGCGCCCAGAAGAACCUGCCGCAGCACCGGCAACGGAGCCAGAGUCCAAGCCGCCCGCAGCACCGGCAACGGAGCCACAGUCCAAGCCACUCGCAGCACCGGCAACAGAGCCACAGGAGCCACACACCGGCAAUGGAGCCGCCGCUCCAGCGGCACCCAGCACCUCGCCCCACAGCACGCAGAACCGAUCCGCAGUCCGGGCACCCAGCGCCACGCCCCACAGCACGCAGAACCGAGCCAGACAGGAGCCCGAUGAGGACGACAUCGACCGAGCGGCGCUGGGCAAAUGCAGAGACCCGCCCAAGCAACUCACCAAGGCGGCCGUGGACCGCAGACUCUACAGGAUCGUGCAGCCGAGAGCAAACGGGGAGUACAAGAAGCUCUUCGUGAAGAAGAUCAAGCACCUCUACGAGCGGGUCCACGAAAAGUGGGUUCAAACCGAUUAUGAGUUCAUGACGGAUGCUGACAUGGAGGCAGCUGGAUGGCACACCAAGCGCACGGUCUUCCAGGAAGCCUUGGAGGGCGAAGCUGACGCAGAUGCGGAUGAUAUGAUUGAAGAGAUGGAUGAGGAUUGUGACCCAGGUGAGCACGAGGAUGAUGGCGAGGGUCAGAUGGAGGCUGAGAGUGUCUCUUCCGAGAGUGAGAACGAAGACAGAGGGAAAAUCUUGAGAUCAAUCAAGUGCCCGGACAUCGAGACUGACCAGAAGCCUUCGGAGAUUUGCAGCCGGAUGCUGGAGAAGUUGAUUGAGCUGGUGAGCUCAAUCUCAGGGUACGACGAUGAGAUGCAGCAGAAGCAGCUGCGCAAGAUGUUCAUCGAUGUGAAGAGCAGGCUCAUUGAGGCCAUGUGCACCGUUGAUCGUGCCAAGCUUCUUAUCUUGAAUGGUGCCAAUGUAACUUCGGGCGAUGUUGCUGCGCAAGAUCUCUCUGUGUUCGCGGAGAUGCUUGGCGAGGGCAAGGCUCUGUGGCUACUGUCCGGUGUUUCCGCGACCUCUGUGAAGCGAGGCUACACGGCUGCGCUAGGCAAGCCACCGCCUCCUCCUAAAGAGGAUGGGGGACAGCCAGCACCCAAGAAUGCUGAGCGGGAUGCUCACCGCCUGUUUUCAAGGCUUGGUCUGUCGCUCAAGCUGCCUAUUCGCACGAAGACAUUCGCUGUGGAUGAUGGAGAGGCAGUGGAGAUGCACUACAUCCGUAUCGCUGAUUGGGUAAAGUAUCUCUUGAAGACACCCAGCCUUCUGGCUGGCGCAGGAACUGAGAAGCUGGAGUCUCAGUGCCGUGCGUUUUGGACCAUGUACAAAUGGCACCACCCAGAUCACGUUGUAUUCCACAAUGAAGACAAGCUGAGUCCAAUGGGUUGUUACGAGUACGAUGCUGAGCAGGUUACUUGUGACUGUGCUUCGGUCGUUGCGCCACUCCGCCAGGAAGUUCCCGACUGCUACGGUCCAGUGGCACAGCAGCCUGAAAGUGUUUUGGCUGCAAAGUUUGCUUCCACAGUCAAGAGGCACUCCUACUUGACUCGCCACGUCCUCUUCGGCAUACCAGACUUUGUCUACAAGGAUCAUCCAGAGAUCUAUCCUCUCAUGAUGGACCUGGUCGCUGCCGAAGCGCAAAGCCUCUUCGAAUCUGGACUAUUGAUAUCCAACAAGAGGUAUCACGUGGCGUUCAUUGGGUGCAAAGGCGACAUGAAGCACCAUGCUCAAGUCGUCUUCAACUUGAGAAGGUCCUAUGCACGGGUGACUGCAGCGGGUGACCAGGGCAUCUGCUCGAUGUGCCAAGCAGGAGAGAGUGGCUUCCCAUGGGAAGACAUCAGUUCCGACCCUUUGUGGUCCAGAACUAUGUAUGCGAGCAGACCGUGGGAUAUCGCUCCACCACUCUCCGCAGUGCCAUUCGAUGAAAGCGCACCAGAGCGCUUCAUCCGACUCGACCUUUUUCAUGUCGUGAAAGUCGGUAUCGCUCGCGACCUGGCAGGAGGCAUUGCGCUGCUGUGUCGUCUCAGCUUCUUCGAUGCUCCGGGCGACUACACCAACAUUAACGACCGACUGCACCGGGCUCACGCUUCGUUCAAGCUUUGGCUGAGUGCGAACAAUGAAUCUGCUGCGCUUCGCUACUUCAGCCCUGCUUUGUUCAACCUGCAGAAGCGCCUGACAGACUUUGCUUGGACAAACACCAAGGCCUCGGACACAGUACUGCUGGUGCGGUACCUACACUGGUUCGUGUCGGUGGAGCUGACGAAUCCUUCGGAAUCUGGGAAGCAGCACCGAAAGCUGCUCCGACUGCUACAGUCGGCGACGAAGCAUCUUGGCACAGUCGCCUUAACUGAAUACUGA